AUGGGCAAACGCAAAGCAACCCGCAAACCAGAAAAGAUGCCAUCCCGCAAGCUGCCAACCGCUUUCAACUGUCUUAUUUGCCUUGCCGAAGGCACUGUGUCCGUCAAGAUAAAUAGAAAGAAGGAGACCGGAAAAGCCACUUGCUGGAAGUACAAAGAGUCGUUCGUGUCCAAAGCGAAUGAGCUGGAAGGUCCGGUAGAUGCCAAGGUCUCGCAGCCCAAGACCUUCGACUGCAUCUUCUGCCGCGGAGACGGCACUGUCACCAUCACUCUCGACAAGAAGGAGAUGCUCGGCAACUUGAAGUGUCGAGUGUGCGGAAAGAACUUCCAGAGCAACUUGACGGCGCUGGAUGAGGCGGUUGAUGUGUAUGCGUACUGGAAUGACGAUGUUGAGGAGAGGAAGGAAGCUGGAGCGUUGGAUUAG